GAAGAAGAUAAAGGAAGGGGAGGGCUGGCUGUGAAGUGAAAGUGAAAGCACAGAAUUCUUCAGUAUUUUUGUGAAGGUUAGUCUGCGUUCUUAUUUGGCUGUGAAGAAGAUCAGCUUCAACGGAAGACAAUCGACCAAAAUGGGUUUAAAGAAAUCAAAACCAGCACCUCUAAAAGACUUUGAGGAACCAUGGAGAAAUGUGGACUGGGACAGAAAAGAACACUUGAAAUCUGAGUUACGUCAAUUCCAGUUGAAUCAUCCAGAAAUCAGCCAUUUUAGAAUACUGCUUCAUGGACCUGUCGGAGCUGGGAAAUCCUGCUUUAUAAACUCUGUGAUGAGCGUAUUCAAAGGAAAAAUUGUCAUGAAGGCACAGGAAGAGUCAUCUGCAGGAAAGAGCUGCACAAAAUCAUACAAAACCUACAAAAUCACUGAUGCAAAUUCUCAGACUUUGCCAUUUGUCCUCAAUGACGUUAUGGGUCUGGAAAAUCAUGAGGAAGAUGGAGUUGAUCCUCAUGAUAUUAUUCAUGCACUGCAUGGCCAUGUAAAAGAAGACUAUAAGUUUAAUCCUGCUUCUCCACUGAGUCAUGCAGACCCAGACUUCAUAAAUGACCCCAAUCCAAAUGACAAAGUGCACUGUUUGGUGAGUGUAGUGCCUGCAGAUAGCAUCACCCUAAUGCCAAAUGAGGUCAUUCAGAAGAUGAAAAAUGUCAGGAAGGAAGCACUCAGCUUGGGCAUCCCUCAUGUAGUUCUGAUGACGAAGAUAGAUGCUCUUUGCCCACUGGCUAAGAAGGAUCUAACCGAGGUUUACAAAAGCAAGAAAAUCAAAGAUACGAUGGAGAAAUGCAGCCACAGACUUGGUCCACCAGUGAAAUGCAUCUUCCCAGUGAGCAACUAUUAUGAGGAAUGUGAACCAAAUAAUGCAAAAGAUGUACUUAUUCUGUUGGCAUUUAAGGCGAUUGCUGAAUUUAUUAAAGAUUACAUUGAAGAUUAUAACAUCUGAGUUAUCUGCGAAAGCAUCCAUUUGAAAAAGGGAUUACAACCUAGUUCAUUUUUAUCAUGAAAUUUAUGUAAGUCAAAUAUUAAAUAUGAGCAUCAGUGACCAACUAAUGGUAUGUUUUAUUAAAAAUACACUUUCUGCUCUUUACACACUCAUUCCUAAUUAAUCUUUCUGAAUCAGCCAAAUUAAAUCUCUGCUGUGUAGCAGUUACUACAAACAUUGGGCUAUAUUCAGAGGCCACUUAACUUGAGACCAAAGGUUACAUCAACAUUUCCGCAGAAAGAGUUUGUUGUAGCCAGAGUCGGGUUAUGCAGCUGGAAAAGUUGAUUUUCUGGAUUAUUUAAAUUACCUUUGUGUAGUUCAUGCCCUCUGAGGGUUUCAUAUGAGGUAAGCUUUCGCAUCAAUAGCAUCUAGACCGCUGCCUUUAAUAAAAUGAGGCUAACAGCAUCCAUCUGUUAUCCAUAACCACUUAUCCUGUGCUGGGUCGCGGGCAAGCUGGAGCCUAUCCCAGCUGACUAUGCGCAAGAGGCAGGGUACACCCUGGACAAGUCACCAAAUCAUCACAGGGCUGACACAGUGAGACAAACAACAAUUCACAUUCACACCUACAAUCAAUUUAGUCACCAAUUAGCCUAACCUGCAUGUCUUUGAACUGUGGAGGAAACCAGAACACCCCCACGCAAACAUGGGGAGAACAUGCAAACUCCACAUAGAAAGGCCCUCAUUGGCCACUGGGCUCGAACCCAAAACCUUCUUGCAAAUUUUAUAGAAUUUUUAUAGAUUUUUUUUCUAUAGAAAUCUAUAGAAAAUUUUACCAAGGGAAGACUGCCAUGUUAUCUUUUUUUGGACUCAUUAACUACUGCCAUCAGUACAUUCCAGACUGUUCUCAUCAUGACAAGAUCUUGAGAAAGUCCUGUCUCAAAGAGCAACCCAAUGACAUUGUAUGAUCCUCUGAAAUGAUGCACUCAUUUUGUUAUCUGUAUUAUCAUCGGCUAUCACAUCAGCUCCAGCACUGGUUCUACCUGAUUCCAGUCUGCCAUUCCACCUGUAUGUCUUGGAGGAUGGAGUGACUGUGGUAGGGGUCCUGGCCCAAGAGCAUGGUGGACAUUAUCAUCCUGUCACUUAUUUAUCAAAGAUGCUGGACUCUGUGGUCCAAGAUAUGCCUGCAUAUGUGUGCUGUUGCAGCCUCUGCUCUCAUGGUGACUGACACUGAAAAACUGGCACUGUCUCACUCUCUGAUUUUACAUGCAUCAUAUCAGGUAUGCUUGAUGGUAAAUAAUUUGUAUGACUGCUCAGCAGCAUUCUUGAUUAUGAGUCUAUUCUGUGUGCCACUCAAAACUUGUCUAUUAUGCCUGUCAUGUCAGCUAAUUCCCCAGCUCUUUUGUUACACCACCUGAUGUUAUCCUGCAGAUCCAACCCAGAUCCAGCAUGGUUGGAAGAUGACUGUCUAGCAGAAAUUACCUCCACCUCAGUGCUUAGGUCUGAUGUGUCUCAGACUCCCUUUGAGCAUGGUGUGCACGUUUGUUGAUGGCUCUUGUUCAAAAGAGUGGCAUGGUAGUGUAGUGGUUAGCACUGUUGCCUCACAGCAAGAAGGUUCUGGGUUCGAGCCCAGCAGUUGAUGGGGGGGCCUGUCUGUGUGGAGUUUGCAUGUUCUCCCCAUGCCUGCAUGGAUUUCCUCCAGGUGCUCCAGUUUCCCCCACAGUUCAAAGACAUCUGGUUAGGUUAACAUGAGAUGGCCUUGGGCUGAAGUGCCCUUGAGCAAGGCACCUAACCCCCAACUGCUCCCCAGACACUGUAACAUGGCUGUCCACUGCUCUGGGUAUGUGUGUGUGUGUGCUCAUUGCUGGUUCAGAUGGAUUUCACUGUGCUUAAGUGUAUGUGUGAUAAAUAAAGUUCUUCUUCAAAAUACAA